AUUUGUUUAGUUUCCAUGUUGGUGGUACGGUAUCUUUAUGUGAAGUGUGGCUGUAGUGUGAGUUCUGUAGUGUCGCAAUUCACUGUCCCUAACGGUCGACUCUUCCUCCACUUUGGUUUCCGUAGCAACAACCCGGCCCACCGGUACUACCUGGCGACGGACCCGGUUACGGGGCAGCUGUACGUGUCAGACACCAACUCCCGCCGUAUCUACCGUCCCAAGGUCCUGACGGGCACCAAGGAGCUGCUCCAGAACGGAGAGGUGGUGGCAGGAACCGGGGAGCAGUGUCCCCCCUUCGACGAGGCACGCUGCGGGGACGGGGGCAAGGCCACAGAGGCCCUCCUCAUGGGGCCCAAAGGUAUUACGGUAGAUAAGAACGGGUACAUCUACUUCGUAGACGGGACCAUGAUCAGGAAGGUGGAUCGUAACGGGAUCAUCUCCACCCUGUUGGGCUCCAACGACCUCACCUCAGCACGACCCCUGACCUGUGACACCAGCAUGCACAUCAGACAGGUCCGUCUGGAGUGGCCCACAGCCCUGGCCAUCAACCCCAUGGAUAAUUCCAUCUAUGUCCUGGACAACAAUGUGGUGCUGCAGAUCACUGAGAACAGACAGGUGCGCAUCGUGGCGGGACGUCCCAUGCACUGCCAGGUGCCAGGUAUAGAAUACACACUGGGCAAGCGGGCGGUGCAGACCAUGCUGGAGGGAGCUGCUGCCAUCGCCCUCUCCUACAGUGGCGUGCUCUACAUCGCCGAGACUGAUGAGAAGAAGAUACACCGCAUCCGCCAGGUGUCCACGGACGGCGAGAUCACGCCCUUGGCCGGAGCUCUGUCCGACUGCGACUGCAAGAACGACGCCAACUGCGACUGCUACCAGACGGGCGACGGCUACGCCAAAGACGCCCGCCUCAACUCGCCCUCCUCGCUUGUCGUCUCGCCCGACGGUACUCUCUACGUGGCCGACCUGGGCAACAUCCGCAUCCGCGCCGUCCGCCGCAACCAACCGCCGUCGGGCGCCGCCGUUUCCGGCCCGGGUUCCUUCGAGGUGGCCUCGCCGUCGUCCCAGGAGCUCUACGUGUUUGAUUCCAACGGAACCCACCAGUUCACCAUGUCUCUCGUCACUGGUGACUACAAGUACAACUUCAGCUAUAGCAACGAGGAGGACGUUACAGCGGUGACGGAUAGUAGUGGAAACACGUUGAGGAUCCGCCGCGACCCCAACCGGAUGCCGGUGCGGAUCGUUGCCCCGGACAACCAGGUGAUCUGGCUGACAAUCGGGACCAAUGGCGGGUUGAAGACACUGACGGCCCAGGGACAAGAGCUGGUGCUGUUCACCUACCACGGCAACAGUGGGCUGCUCGCCACCAAGACCAUACAGAUAGGAUGGACCACCUUCUAUGAUUAUGACAGUGAGGGUCGUCUAACCAAUGUGACGUUUCCUACGGGGGUGGUGACCAACCUGCACGGGGACAUGACCGGGGCCAUCACGGUGGACAUUGAGACGUCCGGCCGCGACGAGGACGUCAGCAUCACCACCAACCUCUCCUCCAUCGACUCCUUCUACACACUGGUCCAGGACCAACUAAGGAACAGCUACCAGGUGGGCUAUGACCACUCUCUGAGGGUGAUCUAUGCCAACGGGAUGGACACACACUACCAGACGGAGCCCCACAUCCUGGCGGGCGCUGCCAACCCCACGGUGGCACGGAGGAACAUGACGCUGCCCGGGGAGAACGGGCAGAACCUGGUGGAGUGGCGCUUCCGCAAAGAGCAGACCCGGGGGAAAGUCAUCGUGUUCGGAAGGAAGCUCAGGGUGAAUGGCAGAAACCUUCUCUCGGUGGAUUACGACCGAACUCUCCGGACAGAAAAGAUCUACGACGACCACAGGAAGUUCCUGCUGAAGAUCGUGUAUGACACCCAGGGCCACCCUACUCUGUGGGUCCCCAGCAGUAAGCUGCUGUCAGUCAACCUUACCUACUCCAGCACGGGGCAGGUGACCAGCCUACAGAGGGGUCCCACCACAGAGAGGGUGGAGUAUGAUGGUCAAGGGAGGAUUGUGUCCCGAGUGUUCGCCGAUGGAAAGACCUGGAGUUAUACAUACCUGGAUAAGUCCAUGGUGCUCCUGCUCCACAGCCAGCGUCAGUACAUCUUUGACUACGACCUGUUGGACCGCCUGUCUGCUGUCACCAUGCCUUCGGUGGCCCGUCACACCAUGCAGACCAUCCGCUCCCUGGGCUACUAUCGCAACAUUUACAACCCCCCGGAGAGCAACGCCUCGGUCACCGUCGACUACAGCGAAGACGGACAGCUCCUCAGAGUGGCCCACCUAGGGACAGGUCGUAGAAUUCUCUACAAGUACCGACGACAGAACAAAAUGGCGGAGAUCUUGUAUGAUUCUACGAGGGUUAGCUUCACCUACGAUGAGACAGCCGGUGUGCUGAAGACGGUGAACCUCCAGAGUGAAGGGUUCAUCUGUUCCAUCCGGUACCGGCAGAUUGGACCGUUGGUGGAUCGGCAGAUCUUCCGGUUCAGUGAGGACGGCAUGGUGAACGCACGGUUUGAUUAUACCUACGACAACAGCUUCCGGGUCACCAGCAUGCAGGCUGUCAUCAACGAGACGCCGCUGCCAAUCGACCUCUACCAGUUUGACGACAUCUCCGGGAAGGUGGAACAAUUCGGAAAGUUCGGUGUGAUCUACUACGACAUCAACCAGAUCAUCUCCACGGCCGUCAUGACCUACACCAAGCACUUCGACGUCCACGGACGGAUCAAGGAGAUCCAGUACGAGAUCUUCAGAUCCCUGAUGUACUGGAUCACCAUCCAGUAUGACAACAUGGGCCGGGUGACCAAACGCGAGAUCAAGAUCGGACCGUUCGCCAACACGACCAAGUAUGGUUACGAGUACGACGUGGACGGUCAGCUCCAGACGGUCUACCUCAACGAGAAGAUGAUGUGGCGCUACAACUACGACCUGAACGGCAACCUCCACCUGCUCAACCCGGGUAACAGCGCCCGGCUCACUCCGCUACGCUACGACCUCCGAGAUCGCAUCACGCGGCUCGGGGACGUCCAGUACCGGCUGGACGAUGACGGGUUCCUGAGACAGAGAGGAGCUGAGAUCUUUGAGUACAACUCCAAGGGCCUUCUAGAACGCGUCUACAGCAAAGGCAACAGUUGGACCAUCCAGUACCGCUACGACGGGUUGGGCCGCCGUGUGGCCUCCAGAACCAGCCUUGGCCAGCACCUGCAGUUCUUCUAUGCAGACCUGAACUACCCGACCAGGAUCACUCACGUCUACAACCACAGCAGCUCAGAGAUCACAUCUCUCUACUAUGACCUGCAGGGACACCUCUUCGCCAUGGAGAUCAGUAGCGGAGAGGAGUUCUAUAUUGCCUGUGACAACACCGGAACCCCUCUAGCAGUGUUCAGUAGUAAUGGGCUUCUUUUGAAGCAGGUGCAGUACACGGCCUACGGCGAGGUCUACUUUGACUCCAACCCCGACUUUGUCCUGGUGAUCGGCUUCCACGGGGGUCUCUACGAUCCCCUGACGCGCCUGCUGCAUUUCGGCGACCGGGACUAUGACAUCCCGGCGGGGCGCUGGACCACCCCAGACAUCGGGACGUGGACGAGAGUCGGGAAAGAUCCGGCGCCGUUCAACCUGUACAUGUUCCGGAACAACAAUCCUGUCAGCAAAGUUCACGAGGUCAAGGAGUACGUCACAGAUGUCAAUAUCUGGCUGGUGACGUUUGGGUUCCACCUUCACAAUGCCAUCCCCGGGUUCCCCAUCCCCAAGUUCGAUCUCACACAGCCGUCCCUGGAGAUGAAGAAGAGCCAGCUCUGGGACGACCUGCCGUCCAUCUCGGGGGUGCAACAGGAAGUGACCCGGCAAGCCAAGGCUUUCCUGUCCUUCGAGAGGAUGCCGGAGAUCCAGCUGAGCCGCCGGCGCUCCAACCGGGAGAAACCCUGGCUGUGGUUCGCCACCGCCAAGUCGCUGAUCGGUAAGGGUGUUAUGUUGGCGGUGACGCAGGGCCGUGUGGUCACCAACGCUCUGAAUAUCGCCAACGAGGACUGCAUCAAGGUGGCCGCCGUCCUCAACAAUGCGUUCUACCUGGAGGACCUACACUUCACGGUGGAGGGACGCGACACGCACUACUUCAUCAAGACCAGCCUACCGGAGAGCGACCUGGGAGCGCUGAGGCUGACAAGCGGGAGGAAGUCGCUGGAGAACGGCGUCAACGUGACUGUGUCCCAGUCCACCACCGUGGUGAACGGCAGAACUCGGCGCUUCGCCGACGUGGAGCUGCAGUACGGCGCUCUAGCGCUCCACGUGCGCUACGGCAUGACUCUGGACGAGGAGAAGGCGCGUGUGCUGGAGCAGGCCAGGCAGAAGGCGUUGUCGAGUGCUUGGUCCAGGGAGCAACAACGGGUGAGGGAGGGGGAGGAGGGAGUGAGGCUGUGGACGGAGGGGGAGAAGAGGCAGCUGCUGAGCGGAGGGAAGGUGCUGGGCUACGAUGGGUACUACGUCCUCUCCAUAGAGCAGUACCCCGAGCUAGCAGACUCCGCUAACAACAUCCAGUUCCUCAGGCAGAGCGAAAUAGGGAAGAGGUAACAGACAGAAUCCUCGGCACUGGCCGCCAAAGAGACUACCCCCUCCAAAUCCUCCACCCAAACCUCCCUCGCCUCCCCUCUUUUCUCUAAAAAGGGGGAGGGUCCAGGCUUGUGCUGUGUUUAGCGCCGACUAGCUGAAACAAACAGUAAAAUGUAGAAAUAUCUCAAACUGAACUAAACCUAAUACUACCACUGUGGGGCCUGAAAAUCAAACAAAACGGCUCCAACUGACGCAAAUGUUUGUCCCAUGUGCUAUACAGCGUUGAAUGGACUGUGGACUCUCUUGAAAAGAGAGAAAAAAAGUCAAAACUCUCGGUUUGUGAAAGGGGAAAAAAGGUUGUUUUUUUUAAAUAGACUUCCUGAAUUUGCUUUCGGAAAACAUAUUUUAAAAAGAAAGAAGAAGUGUGUUUACAUACGCAUACCACUACAACACGUCUGGACCAAUAGAAAAAAAGCCUUCUGGUUUCUUACAAAGGACAAAUGUCUAUAAUCUGAUUCUACAUCCUGACGACUGACCUUUGACCUUUGCGUACUGAAAAAGGUAGUGUUGUUGUUCGAAGUAGGACCACGGGUCUCCAAUGGUGGUAACAAGACAGUUAAAACCACUUGUUGAAACCACUUGCUCGUUCUUCUGCUUUUCUUUCCAAAAGGGACAAAACAGCUCCCACCAAGUGACACCUUUACCAAUACUAGAUCAAAGUGGGACGUUUUGGGAAUCGGGAGGUUUUGUGCGUCUGUCUGUCUGUCUGUCUGUCUGUCUGUCUGUCUGUCUGUCUGUCUGUCUGUCUGUCUGUCUGUCUAUCUGUGUGUGUGUGUGUGUGUGUGUGUGUGUGUGUGUGUGUGUGUGUGUGUGUGUGUGUGUGUGUGUGUGUGUGCGUGCGUGCGUGCGUGCGUGCGUGCGUGCGUGCGUGCGUGCGUGCGUGCGUGCGUGCGUGCGUGCGUGCGUGCGUGCGUGUGUGUGUAUACAAUGGAGACAAUUUGUGUGUGUAUGUAUGGAGGAAGUUAAUCAAUUAAAUGAAAUGAAAGAAUCAUAUCCAACCAAUCUUUUGAAAAACAAUGUGAGACAGUAUCUUUAUGGAUUUUUUUAUUAAGAUGAAAAAUUCCAAACUUAUCCGUACAUCAAUAUUAGCCUCUUAGAGAAAGUAAUUUAUGUACAGUGUUUAUACAUAAAAAAUAAAAUUGUAAAAAAUAUGAAGAUUUUUUUUUUCCUUCGUCAUGCGUUACUGUUUAUACUCUUCAUUAAGUUUUCAAUAUUUUAUCCUAUUAUAAUUCAUGGUAAUGCUUAUUGAAAUAACAUUUAAAAAAAUCAACCCUACUGUAUUAUUGAUUUCUGCAUUGAGAAUAUUCGGGUUUGGGUUUUAAAUGUUCUUGCCUUCAUUGAUCAGAUUCCCUGAUAUCUGAGACGAACCAACUUUUGUUUUGGCACUUUUUCUUUUUUAUUCGAAAAGUGUCAGUUGAAUGGUCGAUGUCAGUCAGACAACCAUAUGUCUUAGGAAAUACCAGACUACUACUAUCAAGAGCAGGAGAAUAGUUUGGCUGUACGAUACGGUAGUAUAUCCUACCUUGUGGAAAUAGCCUUUGAACCUUAAGUCCUUUUGAGUAGGACACAAGGAACGGCCGCUUGCCCUUCUCAGCAAGAGAAAACAAAACACCUUGGUUGUCUUACCUAAAUAUCAUUUCUGCUUUUCCUAUAACAAAACCAGGUUGUUUCUUAGAUCUCAGCUCAAACGUGAAGGCUUCUCAUAAUCACUAUUAAGGAUGGAAAAUUCCAAAAACUUUCCCAAAAUUCCCAGGUUUUCCAGAUAUUCCUAUUGGAAGAUUCGUCCAAUCGAGAAUGAUGAAAAACCUUUUAAUUUUGGGAUCGUUUCCAGAAUGUUCCAGUCCUAACCACUAUAGCUCUUUGCUCUUUCUCUACCUACGUUAGGAAGAGCUGAACUCAUGUUCCUUGUACCAGCACAGAGAGCACAGAUAGGGCUGCAGCAGUGAGAACUGAACAGAACCAAAUACGAGCCUCUUGACUUGAACAGAGACAAGACCACCAUAAUCCAAGGGACCAUUUAACAUCAUGCUCGUAAAUGUAUUCCUCCAACUUCACUUUUUAUCCUAAACAUGGCUUAAAAGCCAGAUAUUACAAACACAAUCACAUCAAACGGUUCAUUAGAUAGAGCAAAGGGGCAGAGUUCAGCUCGAGUUCCGGAGGGGAAAAAAGAGAGAGAAUAAACCUGGGAAAAGCCUAGAAACGGCUCUAUGUGCACUCUGGGUAAUUUUUCCGACAUAACCUAAAUGGCUAGUGAGUGCAGUGUAAAGGAGUUGCCAGGGCAAUGAAGAUGACAUCAGCACUAUGAACUAACUCUCCCUACUCCCUACUCAUCUCUCUGCCUGAGGGGGAUAACACACAUAUUCACCCACAGAAAGAGAAAGAAAAGUUUUUCAACACCAAACUAUGACCAUUUCAAAGAUUUUUGUUGUUGUGAUGAUCUCAACCACACUUGAGGAAACUUUGCCAGUCACACGAACAUCCCCAGGAGCCAUACCCAAACGCAGAUUAGCGUUUUUCGUCAUGAAUGUUGUUCUGGAGGCAGCUCUGCAGAGUGGUCACUAGCUGGCACAGCCAUAAAGUCAUAACAUUAACACCAACCUUAACCACACUACUAACCCUAAUGCCUAAUCCUAUCCUUGAAUUAAGACCAAAAAGCUAAUUUUAGUUUUCAUGGAUUUUUCCAAUAUAGCCAACUUUGACUUUCCAGCUGGCCUAAGGGGAAAUUGCUCAGUUCUGCCUCUAGGACAAGACUCAUGAAAAUAAGUGUCAACCUGCUACCCAAACAGAAGAUUACAACACCCUUUCUCAAAUGUAUCUCAUGUUUCCACGUUGCUUUUUCAGUCAAUGUGACCGCCUCAUACAGUAGUUCAAAUCUGUUUCUUUUGUAAACAGAUUGUAAAAAAAAAAAAAAAAAAAAGACUUGACGAAUGAGAAAGUAUUGUUUUUGCUUUAUGAUUUUUUCAAUAUAUAUAUAUAUAUAUCAAUCAUUGAAUUGUAUUGCCUAGCUUAUUUUUCUAUUCAUGUGUGUGACAAGGUGGACAGAAGAUGGAAGGACUUAUACUCCCAGGUUGUUUGCGUGUUGAUUUUACUAUGUUGUUGUCAGAUUUUCUCUGGUGUUAUUGGUUGGUCUUGGUCUGUACCAUGUGCCAUUUAUUCUGCAGUGGGACUCCUAGUUGAUCCUACCCCUGCUGUAUCACAUUGCUACUAUGAUGCCCCCCUCUACCCCAUCGUCAGCCAAAAGUGCAGUAGCCCAGCCACAUACAGUGGCUUAAAGUCAGGACUUAAACAGUUUUCCUUUUGACUUUGCUGAUCUCUCAAAAUAACACUUCCUCAAAAUACACUUUUAGCACUGUUCUGUUUUACUAAGUAGAAUGUUCCAGUCUAACAAUGUGUUAGACACCUCCUAUUGGAGCGGACACACAAGUGCUACAAGGAGGGGAGCAUAUGGUGUUUCGGGGUUGAAAAAGGGGUCAUCCCACAAACAUGCAGGAAGCAGUGUGUUCUCGGUAUUGUUUGCAUGCUUACAAAGUAAAACGCCCAUCCAUCCGUCAGUCAUUGUUUCCCAUCCAUGUUAGAACAGACAUUUACAUGUCUACAUGGUUAAAUGCUUCUGUAUUAAAUUGCACUACAAUGUAACAGCGUUAUUGCUUAAUGCUUAGUCCAUAAAGUGCUGGUUGAUGCCAGGCCAUAGACCUUUAUGUCUGUCCUCUAGGUAGAAGCUUCCCCUUAGGCACAGAUCUAGGAUCAGCCUCCAACUCCAAUCGUACUUAACCAUUGGGGGGUAAAACACAAAACUGGCCUUAGAUCAGUGUCUCUAAAGGCAUCAUACCUACCUUCCGCUUUGUCUGAAGACGGUGAUUAGGUAGAGGAAUUUCCUUUCUCAAAGAACUUCCUGACUUUAGAAGGAGAGGCUCAUGGGAUUGGGACCACUGCUGACCGUAACGCUGAGUCGUGCACCAGCAUCGUUAUAAAUAUUAUAUUGCCGCCAUUUUGUUUUUAGAAGUGAUGAAGAAGGAGAAUGAUGUCUAUAGUGAUGUCACCACUAGCACCACCACAGCCACCUCUCACCCUAUCACAAAAAACACACGUCUGUUUAACGAUGUCACACAGUUUACAGAUCUGAAGGGACAGCAAACACUGCAACGGUGAGACAACGUUGUGUGGUGGUUGUGUGUUAGCUGGGAAUUUGAGCAAAGAAAAUAUGUAUUCUUAUUUUUGUUAAGACCCUGUUGUCCAGAGUCACAGGUUAGCUGAUGUUUUGGGUUUGGAGAUUGAGGGAAUUUGAUAAAGAUUUUUGUAUGUAUUUUGUCAUUUGUUUUCUUUCUCUGAAAAUGAAACAGACGGGCGAUAAGUGAUCUAAUUGGACGUGUCAGUCAGUCCUCUCUUUGUAAAGAAGUUACAACAUAUCUUUUUAAUUUAUUUAGAGAUUUGUUCAUUUUUUUCUUAUUUUUUUUCAAUCUACAUCCUCCGCGAAAGUUUCAUCAUAAUAAUAUUGUUUUUAUAUAAACAAACAUUGCUGUUUUAGAGUGCAAUUAAAGUGCAAUUUUAAUGUAAGCUCCGAAAGGUCAUUUCCGGGGAUGCAAUCCCUUUUAUCUCCCAGAUGUUAAAGAUCCAACAGAGAUCAAUCAUGAUAACAAUAAACAUGUCAUACUGUAAAGGUUUCUGAA